AAUUAAUACAAUUAAAAAAACAACAAUAAAUAUCAACAAUUAUAAAUAUAAAAGUAAAAAGUGUUGUGAGUUAAUAAAAAAUAGAUAGCAAGAUAGGUGAUGUUAGAUAAUAAAGGUAGCUUUGAGGAAUCAAAAUGGUCAGAAUUUGAGAACAAGAUUAAAUAGAACUUUUUUUGUUUGAUGAAUGAACUUCUUUAAUCAUGCUCCAUAUCUGUUUUCGUUUAUAAGAUAUUUCUAUUUGUUGAAGCCAUUUAAAUAGCAUACUACGCUAUUUACCCUUCUUAUAGUUUUCUGUGGAACUCUUCAGCUACUACAAAUUUCUAAAAGGCUUUGGAAUAUUUUCAAUUUAAUGGAUUAAUUGUAGAAGGUUCUUCAUCACUUUUGAUCCCUUUGCUCUAUAUCACAUUUGCAAUUUAGUUAAUCACUACUGUAGUCCUAUUAUAUCUCCUCUUAAAACUUAAUAAGAAGUAGCAAAAAUCUACUACUUUCUCAUUGUAUUGUAUCAAAUUACUUUCUCUUUAUGCUAUAUUGCUAACGACAGUAGGAUUUUUACCUUUCUUUAAUGCUUCUAUCUCCGUGAUAUACUGUACUGACACUAAUAUGAACUGUUAUUCAGGUCUAUUUUUUGUUCACUUUUCAAUAGCAAUAUUAUCAUUGAUUCUUUUGCUAGCUUAAACUAUAUUGUACAUUCAGCUUUUUAUAGACUUAAAUCCAUGCUCUCAUCUCCCUUUUGCAGCUCCAUAAAAUAAGAUUAAUUUCAUAAAAUUAGUAAUAAAAGCUAUCCUACCACUUUACACAUCACUUGACAAAAACGGGUCACUUGGAGAACCUUUUGUUAUAGGGUUAAUGAUAUUUAUACUAAUUUUACUUGUUUAAAGGUAUUUGUCUUGUCCUAUGUAUAAUAGAAGCGUAGAGUCUUUGAUAGGAAUAUUAGAAGUAAGCAUAUUUUGGAUAUGCGUUGGAAGUCUAAUUAGUGGUGUUUUGAGUAAUGCAAUAGUGGGUAUGUUUUAUAUGUUUAUUACACUACCUUUCAUAUGUGUUGUUUACUAGAUGAUAUUGGUUAAAAGAAAUAAUUCAUACAUGACUAAAUAGAUAAAAAAUUUUAAAAAGGACUUAGAAAUUGAAAACUACAUAAAUAUUCUAUUGAAUUUAAUUGAGUCUAGAGAUUAAGCAUACCCAAGCAUUUAAUUGGAAGGUGUUUUAAAAUAUCAUAUAAAAUAUUGUAAUAAGGCUUCAGACUAAUGUUUUUGCAGAACCUUUAGCUCAAUGAAAGAAGAUGAUGACGAAGAGGGUAACUUAAAUGCCUAAACACUUAAUUAUGGUGAAUCUAAUCAAAAAACUAAAAACUGGUAUCUAUUUUUGAGAAGCAUAAUAGCAGAUGCUAUAGAUAGAUUCCCUAAGAGCGCUAAAUUGCAUUUAUUGCAUGCAUAUAUUUUGCAAGGGAAGCUUUAAAAUAAAUUCAAAUCUUUGUUUGCUCUCAUGUUUGCUUGUGAGUGCAAACCGAAUUUCUAAGAGGAAUUCUCAAUAUAUAGAUAUAAGCAUAUUAUAGAAGAGGAAAUGGUUGAAAAUGAUGUUAGGACAUAAGAAAGUAAAGGCAUUGAAGUAAACUCUAUUGUGAAUUUUCAAAAUAAGUUUGUAAUUUUCUUAAACUCUAUUGAAAAAUCUGUUAUGCUUCAUUUAGAAUUUUGGAGUAAACUAUUAGAAGAUACCCCUGACAUUCAAAAAAUACUAUCUCUUGGUUCUAAAAUUACAAAUACAGUUGAUUAAGUCACUGAUUUGUAUAACUAGCUCUAGGAAAUCAAUCAAAAUCACAUCAAAUGCUUAGAAAUUUAUGGAAAUUUUUUAAAAGAAAUAGUUCAUGAUGACUAAGAAGGCACGAAAGUGAUUGAGAAAGCUGAGUAUGUUAGCAAAAGCAAUUAAGCAAAUAAGCAAUUUGUAGAUUCAGAUAAGAUCAAGUAUGGAGAAAAUUCUAACACUUGCAUAAUUACUGUUUCUGGCAACCUCAAUUCAGUAGGAACAAUAUCAAAUACUAACAACGAAACAAUGAGACUUUUAGGAUUUAAAAAGAACGAAAUUAUAGAUUAGAAUGUCAGUAGGAUUAUGCCUAAAGUAGUGGGUGAUAUGCAUGACAAAUUCAUGAGAAGAUUUUUUGACACUUCUUAGUCAAAUCUGAUUGGUCAUGAGAGAUUCAUUUUUUGCCUUCAUAAAAAAGGAUAUUUGAUACCAUGCACAAUUAUGAUAAAAGUUUUACCUAAUCUUGAUAGUGGUAUUUAGAUUGUUGGCUUUUUAAAAGAAGUAGAAAGUCAUUCACAAAAAGGGUAAUACGAGCAUGAUGAAGAUAUUCAUUAUUUAAUAUUUAGAGAGGAUUCUUAUUAAAUCCAAGGUAUAUCUGAAUCAUGCUAUACUAACUUUGGUAUACCAGCUUCAUUAAUGUAUGGAAAUACUUCAAAUGCUCCAGAAUUUACAAUUGAUUCUAUAAUACCUGGCAUAGUGGAUCCUAAAAAUGCAGAUGAAUUAAAAUCUGUUCAUGGAGUCACUUUGACUAUUGACACUACUUACGUUUAACAAAAUUUCUUGAUAGAAGAUGAAUAAGAUAGCUUGAUGGAUGAUGAAUUUUAAGAUUAAGUUCAAUAAAAAUUUAAUUAAAAAAAUUCAGAUGACAACGCCAUAACAACAAAUCCUUAACAGAAUCAAAAUGAUAAUUAAGAUUAUAAUUAAGAGUAGCAAGAAUAAGAAUAAAAAAUUUAAUAAAUUACAAGAAGAAAAAUUAAAUAUAGAUAAGCAAACAUUAAGGUUCAUUUACUGGAUGAACUUGAUUUAGGGGAAAAUUUAAGAAUAAAAAUAAUUAAAUUUACUGAAUAAGAGCUAAAUACAGACCAAUUAGAUUAGCAGUUGUAAAGCAAAUAAUAAGUUGAAGAUAAUAAUUAUUCAAAAAAAAAUAUUGAGUAAUCAAAAAGGACUCAAAAUAAUUAUUAAGGAUUUCAUGAAGAAAGUUAGAAUUAAGAUGCAGGAGAUGAUGAAGGAUCUAAUAUAUCAGGUGCUUCUGUUGCAGAAGAUCUUAGACAUUUAAAGGAUUUCAAAUAAAUGAUAAGUGAAAAAACAGAACCUAAAUCUAUCUUAAUACUCAAAAGAACAGUUUUAUUGUUAUUGAUCAUUUUAAUGACUUUGGCUAUUGUUACCCUUGUCCUUAAAAUUCAAUAACAAUCAGAUAUUUAAGAAGGAGUGAAUGCUAUAAAUGAUUCUACAAUUCAAAUUAGUUUUAUAGAACAAGUAAAUUACUAUACACGUCUUCUUUGGCUUGUAGGAAAUUCUAUGCUAUCUUAAAACUAAUAAUUCAAUUCAGAAUCACAGCUGAGAGAUGAUAUAGAUCAAAAUGUCUAAAGUUUGUAAGAUACUGUCUUCAGUGUUGUUAGAGAUGAAAUAAAGAUGUAAAACAGGCAAAGCAGUCCUUCCCCAGAUCCCGUUUUAGAUUUCACUGUUUUGCAGCAAACAGGUUAAACUGAGAUUGAAUAAAAAACAUUUUCAACAGCAAUCUUUUAGUUUAUUACAGGUGGUUCUGCUCUCAAAAAUUCAACUUUGGAAGAUUUUAUACCAUAACCCCUAUCAAGUGGAUCUUAUGUAAAAUCUACCUAAAUAUAUUUCUAUUUCGUUAGAGAGAAUGGAAUUGCUAUUUUUAGAGAUUCUGCAUUUGGCUAAGUUACAACUUAUUACAACUUUUACUAAGAUCUCAUACAAAAAUAUAGUACAACAUUUUUAAUAAUAAUGAUAGUGGCUUUAUUGAUUUUAGUUAUUACUCAAGUAAUUCUAAUUCCAAUCGUCUUUUCUGUGAUUAAGACAAAUAAUAAAGUUCUUUCUUUAUUUGGAUAUAUACCUCUAGAAGAAAUUAAGGAAUUGGCAAAUAGGUGCGAAUAAUUUAUUAAAGAUUUUCUGUCUUUAGAAGCCAAUGAUGGACAUAAUGAUGAAGAUGAGUCAAAUCAUUAAAAUAAACGUGCUAAUAAUUUAGGAAAUCAAGAUGAUGAAAAUGAAACUAAUAACGAUAAUAGAAACGAUGAAGGAUCUCCAACUUCAAAAUUAAGGAACUAAGGUGAAGGUGCAGGAAUUUAUGAAUUGAAUGGUGAAGAUAACUUGGAUAACUCUUAAAUAGAAAAUUAAGCCCAAAAUAAUAUGUAUGCUAAAAAAAAUCAAAAUGCUUCAUAAGUUGAUUAAAAUAGCAGUGUAGUUAAUUAGUUUAUUGACAAAUCGAAAACAGACAGAAACAAAAAUCCUUAGCCCUCAUCUCAUAAAAAACAGUAGGAACAACAUGAAAAGGAAGCAUAAGAAUUAGAAGAAUUCGAGAGUAUGAGAAGCGCAAAAUUACUUAACUAGACAGAUAACAACAAAAAAUAUGUCAUCAUAAAAUUCUCUCUCUUAGCAGUCAUUUUUAUAAUCUAUUUCAUAGUAAGAUUUGUUCUAGAGCAAAAUUAUCUUUCAUCAAUCAACCAUCUUUAUAAUCAUCAGAUGAUUAUUUCUUUACGUCCCACAUAUACAGAAUAUGUGCUUUUGUUUGCUAUAGAAUAAAUUGUUAUGAUGAAACCAAUUAGCUAUAAAAAUGAAACUGAUCUUAGAGCAUACUACACUUCUUUAGUAUAUGAUAUUUCAAAGUAAAUAUCAAGCUCAGGAUAAUAAAGCUUUCCAUCUGCUUUUAGCUCAUAUUUAAAUUAGUAUAACGCUACAGAAUAUGGAGAUAUAUGUUCAACUAACAGUUCAUUUAAUUCUUAAGAUUGCGAAACAAUUUAAAAUGGUAUUUUGUCAAAGGGUCUACAAACCUCUAUAGUUUCUUUAAUAGAAGGUAUUAGAGAUUACAUUGUUGAUUUUUCUUCAAAGCUAGGAUCUGACAGUGAUAAAAAUUUAAAAACAUAAAUAGCAUACUUAAACAGUGAUAAACUUGUUUCAUUUUAAAAGUCUUUAUAGUAUAUGCAGCCAAGCAUGCUUUCUACCAAUGCCUUAAUGGUGAAUAACUUUUCCAGCUUGCUUACAUAGACACAAAAUAUUGAAAUAAUAAUAUUAUCAAUUUUUAUUACUGUGACUAUAAUUAUUUUCUUCUUAAUAUGGUUACCUUAUUUGAGAAGUUUAAGUAAUAAAAUUUGGAGGACAAAAGGAAUGUUAAAUAUGAUCCCGAUAGAUGUAAUAACCAAGCAUGAUUCCCUUAAGAAUGCAUUUAUUUCUGGUGACAUUCUAAGGGCAGUAAAGUGAAAUUAAUUAAAAAUAUACUUUUUUUGAUUUACGAAGACCGAGUAUUUCUAAUUUAAAUAAAAUUAACUUAGAUGAUUUAUUUUUAUUAAAUGGUAAUGCAUACUUUUUGUAUAUUAAGUAGUAAUUAAUUUGAAUGAAAAAAUUUAAAUAUAUUAA